AUGCAGGAAUGGGAUGGGAUGGGAGGUCCAAGGGCGACGCAACUGGCAGCUACCCGGCGAUGCGAAGUUCUGCCCAAGGCCGGACAAAAGGGGAGGUGGUUCGUGGCAAAGGGCAAUGAACACCCGGCGGAAAAAAAACGAACAAAGGAGCCCCUGGAUGUAUCGGCCAGAACGGCGUCGACGACAGGAAAAGGAGGUAGUAGAAUGCGACGAGCGACAGCCGGCCUUCUCGAGACGGCUGGUCGGGGAGGGAAAGCUGGCUGGUGGGAGUCGAAGUCGAAGUCGAAGUCGAAGUUCGGGGAGUCGAGGUCGAGCGUCGAGGAUCGAGAAGUUGAAGAGCGAGAGAAGAAGAAGAGGAAGAGCGAAAGCGAAGUCUGGGACGAGGACGAAGAAGAAAAGAAGACGAGGGCGUUUUUUUGCCCUUGCGCGGUAACGGGCGUGACAGUACAGGAGGUCGGCAGGUUACGGCGCCAUGCCCGAUCGGGACAGCAGACCCGCCGGCCAGAGGCAGGAAGUUGCGCGCUUGGCCGGCUCGACAGCCCCUAG